AUGUCGACGUCGGCGGCCAGCUCGCUCACUCAGCUCAUCCACGAGGCGGCCGAGCAGACAAAGUUGCCCAUCUCGACCGACGCACUCGCUACCAAAGAAGUCGCAUCCUACAUCCGCUCGCUCUCCAACCUCAGCCUCUCCGACCUUCGCAACCAGCCGCAACAGCUGCAUGCCAAGUCCGAUGCGCUCCACGUCCAGCUCUCGGAGCUCUGCAUCUCCCAGACCGAUGCCUUCAUCCACAUCCAUCACGCAGAACAGCGCUUCGGCCCGGCCUUGGACUCUCUCGCCUCCAACCUUUCCGAUCUCAUUCAGACGUCGAUACCCGACCUGCAGGCCGCUGCCGAUGCUUUCCUCGCACAGAGUCAACCGGCCCUGGAUCAAAAGAAGCACAUCCAGAAUGUCGCUGACCAGUACGAGCGCGGUCAUCUCUCCGACCUGCUCGACAUUCCUCCGCUCGUGCACACGUGCGUCAAGGCAGGCCACCAUUCCGAGGCCAUCCAGCUCACCGAGCAUCUCAUCGGCCUUCUCGACGCUCCCGCAACCCCAUCUUCCGAUUCGCAAGCCAUACAGCACGGCCAGCGUAGCACCUACCUCUCGCUCCUCAUCGAGACGCUCGCCCAUCUCGCCGCUAUGAAGGCCGACCUCCUCGCUGGCUUUUCCAAACCUGGCAUCAAGCUUCCUGCCGUCCGCAAGUCCGUCACCGUGCUUCGUAGGCUCAGCCACAUCCAGUCGUCACUCGCACGCAUUCCUGAUUGGACCAGUAUCAGAGCAUCGGAACGCUUCCCCAGCCUCAUUCCGCAACUCGACAUCACCGAGAACCAGCUCUGCCUCGUGUUUCUCAAGGCCAGGAUCAACUCGUUUCGCGCCUCGCUCAACGCCAUGGGCUCGCCAUCGACCGUCAACAGUCACGCCUACCUGCGCAGGUACAUUGACCUCUGGCGUCAAGAGAUGGCCGACACGCUCGGCAUGGCAUUCCCUCUUUUCGUCGACGACCCGACUGCUGCCCAGCAUAGCAACGAACAUGCUGAUCAGGAUGACAUGAUCUCGCCCGCCUAUCUGCUCGCAUCGUUCGCUACCUCGGGUCUCGAUUUGCUGCGACGUACCGUCUCGACUCACUUGAAGGCAGCUGCCCAGCGGCUCUCUGCGUCUGCGUCGGUGCAGGGCGAGUCGAGUGCGUCGCUCGAGGCAUUUGCAGAGAUGUGCAGCAACGUGCACACGCAGCUCAGCUAUGCCUCGGCGGCACUCGCGCGAUUCGGACUCGACUUUGGCGAGCUCCUCUUCUCGCCCGUCGAUUCGACUGCUCAGGGCCUGAGUUCGAUGGAAGCGAUUUGGUUAGAUUUGCUCUCGAGCUCUCUCGACCAAGCCUUUUCGUACAUCCACGAGCAGCUGGAUCAGCACACCAGUGGCAUCGAUGCAUCGUUACCAUCGCAGUGGCUGCUUUCAUCCCAGCUUUCCUCUACCGCCCUACAGGAGCUUUUCACCGUCUCGACAAGUGGUACCGCUCCUUCGGGGUACGACGACUUUGCACGACCCAACAUUGAGCUGGUUGACUAUCCGCCGUUUGCCAAGCUGCUCAAUCGACUCAUGGAGUGGAUCAAUGCGCUGCAGAUCUUUGCGCCUGUCUCGCUCGCAACGCCGCUGUUGCAGCGUCUCGACGCCCACUUUUCGCGCGUCACUGAACGGAUCCUUGCCGACAUCCCUCAAGCCAUCACCACGUCGCGCGGCGAUGCAACACACAUCACCAGGCUACUUGCUGAUGACGACGCAAAGUCGUUCUUGGAGCACCUCGAUCCAGAGGCAAAGUUGGACUUCGAAAAGGCACUGGUUGGGGAUCGGGAGAGCGCCAUCCUGACGAAGGCGCUGAGGAUAUGGAACGCCUCUGUCGUGCAGUGGGUGCUCCACGUCGUCCAGUCUUGCUUCUCGGACGACGACAGCCAGCUUCAAGCGCGUUUCGAGCAGCUCGAGAUGAACGCGGCUUGGACAAAAGCACACGACUGGAUCCAAUCCACAGAGGCCCGCAUCAUCGAGGACGACAUGAAGAGGAAGAAAGACGCAAAAGCCAGGAAGAGCGCAGUCGAGCAAGCGGAAGCCGAGGCGAGGAAAAAGGCCGAAGCCGAAGCAAGAGCCAAAGUGGAAGCCGAAGCCAAGGCGGAAGCGGAAGCAAAGGCGGAAGCGGAAGCAAAGGCGGAAGCUGAAGCAAGGGCGAAAGCAGAGGCCGAGGCAAAGGCGAAGGCAGAGGCUGAAGCAAGGGCGAAAGCAGAGGCCGAGGCAAAGGCGAAGGCAGAGGCUGAAGCAAGGGCGAAAGCAGAGGCCGAGGCAAAGGCGAAGGCAGAGGCUGAAGCAAGGGCGAAAGCAGAGGCCGAAGCCAAAGCCAAAGCCAAAGCACAAACCGAAGCAAGAGCAAAGGCAGAGGCUGAGGCAAAGGCAAAGGCGGAAGAAGAGGCAAGAGCGAAGGCCGAGGCAGAAGCAGCGGCAGCAGCGGAGGCAAAAGCUGAAGCUAAAGCAAAGGCUAAGCUAGAAGCCGAAGCGAGAGCCAAGGCCGAAGCUGAGGCUGAAGCUGAAAAGGCAAGGAUCUCGAGAGAAGAAGAGGCCGCAGCCAAAGCCAAAGCGGAGGCGGAAGCAAAGGCGAAAGCUGAAGAGGAGGCAGCGGCGAAAGCGAAAGCUGAAGAGGAAGCAGCAGCCAAGGCCAAAGCUGAAGCUGAAGCUGAAGCCGAGUCGGCAAGGGUCGAAUCCGAAAGGGCAGCUGCUGAAGCGGAAGCUGCUGCCCGAGCCAAGGCUGAAGAGGAAGCGGCAGCGGAGCGCGCACGAGUCGCAGCGCAGCAAGAGGUCGGCGGGACUGAAGACUCAACGCAAGACGACACCGACGCCGGCGCAGUACAAGCGCAGACACCAGGCGGAUCCGAUACAGCGGCUCCCGCGAAGCCAGCCGAAGCAGCACCGACAAAGAAGUUCAGCUUGGCCGAGAAGCUGCGUCAACGCAAGGAGGAGCGCGAUCGUGCCGCCGCCGCUGCUGCUGCUGCUACGUCAACUUCCCGUAUCGAAACAUCACCCGAGCAAGCGAGACAAGCCGACGAGAUAGGAUCAUCUCCGCACGAUGUGGCUCCAGAAGAGGCGUCUCAGACCACACAAGACGAAGAGCCCAAGCCGGAUGAAAGGGUCGAAGCCGCGGCAGCCGCGGGAGUGGAGGCUGGAGGCAGCGAUGUUCAGGACGAAGCCCGGGAUGAAGACGACGAGGGAGAUAGUGGUGCCAAUACCCCAACCACGCCCGCCACGCCUUCCACACCCAACCCCGCCAACAGCCCGGCAAAGAAGAACAAGAAGAAGAAGAACAAGAAGAAAAAAUAG